UAUGCAUUUUUUAUGCAAUUCUCAAAUAUCUCUUCGCUGAACUUAGUGAAGUGAUAAGUCGCUGGCAUUUUCAGCAUGGUCAACGCUAAACCAGCUUGGCUCAUCACGAUGGUCAACGCUAAACCAGCUUGGCUCAUCACGAUGGUCAACGCUUAACUAGCUUGGCUAUCACGCGGUGCUUUGAGCAUCGCUCCCACUCCACUCCCGGAGUACUUUUUGGUAUGGUAGUAAGCUCCGGCUUACAAGCCACACUGGGGCUCUGCAUGAAUGCAUCCUCAAAUAAAUCCCUGCUCAUUGCACAGCAGCCUACGGCAGCUAGAGCAUGACUCCUCCAGUGGAGUCGCCCCAGCUCAUUUCCACAGCAGCCUACGGCAGCUAGAGCAUGACUCCUCCAGUGGAGUCGCCCCAGCUCAUUUCCACAGCAGCCUACGGCAGCUAGAGCAUGACUCCUCCAGUGGAGUCGCCCCAGCUCAUUUCCACAGCAGCCUACGGCAGCUAGAGCAUGACUCCUCCAGUGGAGUCGCCCCAGCUCAUUUCCACAGCAGCCUACGGCAGCUAGAGCAUGACUCCUCCAGUGGAGUCGCCCCAGCUCAUUUCCACAGCAGCCUACGGCAGCUAGAGCAUGACUCCUCCAAUGGAGUCCCCCCAAAUAAAUCCCAGCUCAUUGCACAGCAGCCUACGGCAGCUAGAGCACGACUCCUCCAAUGGAGUCCCCCAAUUAAUAUAUAUGGUCACCUUUAAACCUGGUCUCCCGCUCUCCCUCAGCU